CUCCAUUUUUUAUUUCUUUUGGAACCCUACUUUCUCCUUCACCCUCUGCCACCCUCUUCCCUCCCAUUACCCGGCAGGCAGCCACUGCGACCCAGCCAAUCGGACGCCGCACGCCGCUCCUGCCCGAGGCCGCUACCGCUGCCGCUGCUCUGCCCAACGUCGGCACGCCCACCCUCGGUUGUCGCAGUCUUCUAGUCGCUCCCUCUCAAACCUUUCACACUUUGCCGCCUUCUGCGUAGUUGGCCUAAAAUGGUGGAGUGGAAAAGGUAGCGCUGGAGAGGAGAAACUUGAUGGCAGUUCUUCCUCAACGAAGUUUUUUAUUCAAAAACUUGAAACUACCAUGUGCCAAGAACGUACUUGUUUUAUAAGAUUUCACUGCACUCAGUCCUAACGAGUGGGUGAGUACUGAACUUAUGCUACUGAAUAACUCCCGGCUAUUGAUUGAAGCUGUGCACUUGCGGUUCUCCAGAUCUUCCUUGGAGAACUCUAGCUUAUGGGUUUGUAAGAGUUCAAGUGCAGUAAUUCAAUUGUUCGUUGUUUACCCUUUGUCUUUUACGGGCAUUUGGAAAUGGUGGAGGAUGUUGUAUCCAAGCCUGAAUCAUCUAAUUCCUGCUGUAAAGUGUGGAAAGAUUUGUACAUGAAGCUUGAAGAGAAAAGAGUUGCUUUUCGGCAGGUAGUCAAACUCCUUGAUGAACAAAGCAAGAAGAUUGAGGCGGAGAAUCUUAAUCUUAAAAAAGCAUAUGAGGAGGAAAAGGUUCGAGCUUCCAUUGAGAGAGAGGGCAAAGACAAAGAAUCUGCUAUUAGAGUGUCUUUAGAGAGGGAAAUUUUCGACUUGAAAUCUCAAAUAUCUUCAUUGAGAAAAAAUGAUGUAGAGGCAGUUAAUGUUCGUGGGGAAGUAGAUCAUCUUAAUGCACUUGUUGCUCAGGGUAAGAAAGAAAUAAUCCAACUAAAAGAACUUCUAGAGACAGAGAAGAGAAGGGCAGAUGCUGAAAGAAAAAAUGCUGAAGAGAGGAAAGAGGAGGCUGCCCAAGCAACUGUCAAGAUUGAAAGGAGUAAGGCUAACGACUUGAGGAAAUUUCACAAAGCUGAAAUGGAUAAGGUUAAUGAUUGCAGACAACAACUUGGGAUGUUACAAAAAGAAUAUGAAGAAACAAAGUUAAAGUUGGCUAGUGAAACAUCCAAACUAAUUGAGGUAAAGAAAGAUCUAGAGUGUGAAAAGCAAAAGGCUUUCAAAGAGAGAGAGCAUGCAGAUUCUGAGAUGUCUAAAGCGCAGGCUUCAAGGAUGCAAGCUGAAGUAACCAUGAAGCAGGCUGGGGAAGAAAAAUCUAGGGCUGACAACUUACUUCAGCAAUUGGAAAGAAAGACUUGCAAGAUUAAGGAAUUGGAGAAGCAGGUCAAAGAACUUCAGACCUUGAAAAAUUUUAUUGAAUCCUGUUGUGGCCAACACGUCAAGAAAACUAAUAGUAAGGGUGCGAAAAAGAAUGAUAAAACAUGGUUGGAAAUGAUACAGAGUAAUGCAAAUGAAUUAAAGUUGGCUUUUGAGUUUUUGAAGGCUAAGGAGGUUAAUACAAUGCAUAAGAUGGAUGAAUAUUUGGCAAUUAUAAAGGAGAAGUCAGUGGAUUCCGACAUGAUGAAAUCAUCAGAACUGAAAAACCAUUUGGAGAUUUAUCGCAGGAAGGCCAUGGAUGAACAAUGCCGUGCUGAUAAGUUGUCUCUUGAGUUAGAAGAAAAGAAAAGGAGAGUUGAGGAAUUGCAAAAGAACUUACUAGAACUGAAGUCUUCUAGGAAAUUAGUUGAUGCAUCUGGUGUAUCUUUUGAACAUGCUAUGAGUUCUGAACUUGCAGAAAUGAAGCUUUUGAAGAAAAGGCUAAAGUUUGAGAAAACGCGAUUAAAACAUGCUAGACAAGUGGCUAACUUGGAAAAAACUCACCGUUCCAUUAUUCAACAAGAACUGGGUCGUUUUAAGCUAGAAUUUGUCCAGCUGUCAAAUCACUUGGACAAUCUACAUAAAUUUGCCUCUACUGGGACUAAGGAUAACAAUGAGUUGGAAAAGACAAUGAAUGCUAAGAACUUGCAAAGUUUGUACUCAAAGAAGAAUAUACGUGCUAUAGAGGCAUUCCAAACCUGGAUGCCUAAUACUUUCAGGCAGACCACCCCACAACACGGUGCUCCAUUGCUUCCUUUGUCCGGAGGGAAUCAUAUGACACCUUUAUCAGGUAUUGAAUCUAGGUUGGAGUCCUUUCCUGGAGACUCUAACAGAAAAAUGUUACAAAGUUGUGCAGUCAAUUCCAGUACUGCAUCUUUUUCUGAUGGUCAAUUGGUCGGCUCACAGGAAAAGGCUGGGCUUUGUUUGACAGCAACAAAACUGGUUGGAGAGAAUUUGAAUGUGCAACCAAGAAUAUCCAACUUAUCUAGUGAAGUUAGUAAGAUGAAAAGCAAUGAAAAGGUUGCUAUGAUGGCUGAAAAUAGCAUCAGAAGCCCUAUCAAAAACCAUGUUGGAAGAGCUAAUGAAAAAAAACAAAAGAGAAAAAGGACCAUUGAAACUUUUGAAUCCAUUGAUCAUUUAUAUCAAGAGAGUAAGAAAAUGCAUUCUCAGAUUGAAGAGAACUUGACUCUUUUGCAUGCUUUAAACAGUCCUAUAGAGAAGCCCUUAGAGAAGAGUGGACAUGUGAUAUCAAAUGUGCUUCAAGAUUCUUCUGCUGAGAAGAAAAUUCGGAAGAGAAGAAAGUGCCAGAAGAAAAUAAAGGUGCAACAUGUACUUGAUGAUAAUGAGGUGAAGUUGAAUAAAGUUGACACUGAAGUUUGUGCGCCCAAAAGUAUCGGUAGACAACCUUCUCAACCUGUCAGCAAACUUACGGACAGUUGUCAGCCAUGUUCAGAGGAACUUAAUAAUUCUGUCAUAAGUGAACUUCAAAACUUGGAAACUUUUGGGAAUAUAGCAGAUGUGGACUAUAUGAAAUUGCUAGAUUUGGAUAGUGCUGCUGAUGAGGAAUGCUACAGGAGAGCAAUGGAAAUGCCACUGUCCCCUUCACUUCCAGGUAUUCAUAUUUCUGGUGCUGAAACCUCUGCUUUGAAUGAUUUUGAGCCUUUAGUAGAUGAAUUCCAUAAAGAAUUGCCCGAUGAUAGAGAAGGUCAGCCAAAAUCACAUGACUAUGAUGUCAUGGACGAAUGCCAAGCUGAUCCGUGUUUAAUACACGGGAGACAUGAUAGGGAUCUUUUUGAUAUUGUAGAGGCAGAUAAUAACUGUCUUGAUCAGGUUGGGGUCAUUGUAGGGAUGCCUGGGACAAAUGUUUCUCUCUCUGGUUGUGAAGGGGUGGGAAUAUCGGAAAUUAAAUCUGGAACCCUGGACAACUCUAUCCCUGACUUCUGUGUUCUUUUCUCUAAUUCAAAUGACUGUCACAGCAUCUUUAGAAUUUUUUCAGCAACUAGGGCUUGUAUGAAGAGGAGCUCUAUGAUUGGUAAAAAAGAGUGGAUGGUGCAAGAGAUUUUGGCUUCCCUUAACAUGGAGCAUGAACUUUUAUUAAAGGAGAAGACUUGUGUAUUCUUUUCCUUGUUGCUGCUGAACUUCACCGUUGUUGCUGUGCAUAAAUAUGGGAACUUUCUGAACUGCCACACCUGCUUGGAUUCUUUUUCGGGGCACAUAUGUGAAGCAAUGCUUGAUCUGGAAAUAAGAAGUUUGUUUACUAAAUUGCUUAGUUUGGACAAGUUACUUGCCCUCAUAGAAGACUUCCUAGUAGAUGGACGGAUCCUGUCAUGUGUCAAUGGCUCUUUUGAGACAUUGACAGAAGGUGUUUUGAGGGUCAAUAUCCCUAUUAAUGGUGUAUACAGAAUAUUCUCACUUACCCCAGCAUCAACAGAGUAUUUGAUUGCAGGGAGUUCCAUACUAGCAUCUAUUUCUAAAGCAGUUCACCGUACUGAUCUUCUUUGGGACGUAUCAUACAGUAUUUUAAGAAGCUGCAGGUAUGAGUCUUCGCUGAUGUUAACAUUGCUUCAUAUUUUUGCACAUAUUGGUGGAGAUCAGUUUUUCAAUGUGGAAGGUUACUCUACCCUGAAGUCUGUCUUGAAAUCAAUAAUCAUGCACCUUGAGAUGGUCGGAUCAUCAGAUGAUGCUACUUUCACCCCUCUCAAAAGAAAUUUCAGAACAGAGUUUGUUCAAUGUGCUAAUUGCCCUUUCUCAGAAGAAGCCAUGUCUAUGCCCAUGGCUGUGUCAUUCCUAUUGGAAUUAAUCCAGAAGAAUAUAUCAAAUGAGAUUAUGGAUGAAGAUUUAGAAAAUCCAACCAGUUCAUUAAAUCUGGAAUCCUUGUUCAAAAGGAAUUUAAAGAAGUUCAAGGUGUCUGAUGAUGAAGCACACUUUCUCUUCAAUCCAUCAUUGUCUGAUGUUACCAAUAUCAUCUCAUUGGUUGAACUGCUAGCAUGCUACAUGAGCUGGAAUUGGACAUUCGCUAACAUUAUCUCUCAGCUGAUGGAAUUAUUGAAGUCGUCAUCCGUUAUGAAGGGUCUUGCAAUUGUGAUUCUUCUUGGUCAACUUGGGAGGUUUGGCGUAGAUGCUGGAGGCUCUGAAGAUGAGGGAGUCAAGAUCUUGAGAUCUAAUCUGUCAGCAUUUCUUUGCUUGGACAAUACCAUUAAAUCUGGUCUGUGUGUUCAAAUUGCUACUGUUUCUGCCUUGUUAGGCCUUCUCCCUUUCGAUUUUGAAACAAUCGUUCAAUAUAAAGUAAGCUAUCUAGCCUCUUCGAGUCGUCAUUAUGCUGAGGUUAACUUAAUAAAGACGUGGUUUUCUUUAUUAAGCCCGAAACAGAAGGAGUUGUCACGUAGCAUUUUACGAGUUGCUGUUUGCAAUGUAAGCUGAUAUUUGAUUUUCUUUCUUGAUGCAACCUUAACCUAACCGAAGUUGCAACCUGUUUCUGCGGCUUGGAUAAGAGUUAUCCCAACCAAUUUUUGAAGACUCACCUGUAGAUAUUUAGGAAAUUGAAGAUUUGUGCAUAUCUGUAGCCUAGUCUAGUUUUCUUCCACACUUUAAAGUGGGAGGAUACAUAUAGUUUUAUGUACUGUUUUUAACGAGUACAUCAAUAUUCUGAAUCAAAAUUUGUACAUUAUCUUAGUAACUUCCAGUUUCAUCUGCUCAACUUUGCUAGAAUUUUGCCAGUUUUAUAUUAAAGGUGUCUUAAGUUUUGGCA